AUGUCCUCUUCAACUGCUCUACUCCCAAAGGAUCGCAAGAAGACUGAUCAUCCAAUCUUUCUUCGAAUUACUCACUCGCCAUGGGUCAUCAUUGACCAAAAGACCUUGGUCUCACUCCAAUUUAUCGUCAGCGUUUAUCUCACCGGCAGUCUUAUCCUGAUCGCCAACUACGAUGUUGAGCAAAACCAGAUUGGAUGGUCGACUGUGUUUAAUUUUUCCAAUAUUGCGUAUUUCAUGCAGGCACUUUAUUCGUGGAUCGCCUUUAGUUGGACCUUUAUGCAUCUUCACUAUCCUCACCAUGACACGCAACCACGAUCAUUCUCUACUCGUCUGCAGGCAAUGUUCUCGCCACCCCGACAAAAUCAAACGACCCACAAUCGAGCCUGGUUCAGUAUCUUCUACUACGCUGUCAACAGUUUCCCGUUUCUUGCCGCUGGGGUCCAAUGGCUUGUCUUGAUUCCAAACAACCAGUCUGUUGUUCCAGGUAACGAAAUCUUCGGUAACGGCCGGUUCAGGGAGUUUUAUUUUGUCUCCAAAUACGCUGUCAAUUCUCUCAUUGCACUAAUGGAGAUUACGAUGUUUAGCAGUAUCAAACGUGCUGAUGCGCUAUGGGCCCAUAUCUUCGGCAUCACGGCUUUGUCACUCCUUUACACUGGUUGGGCUUAUGUUGGAAAUGCUGUUACAGGCAGAUUCGAAUAUUACUUCUUGGAUCCAGAGGUCGAGGGAUGGGACAAUGCAAGCGCUUCUAUUAUGGCAUUUGCUGGCGCAGCAAAUUUUGCCCUCUUCAUUGCCUAUGUUCUCACCGCUAUCCGCGAGAGGCUUAGCACAACCCGCGAGGAAAGAACCGGCGGAUAUGAGUCUCUACCUCGAUGA